UCAGCCUCUUGCCCCGUUUGCUUUGUUCUUCACAAGGUUGCUAGCUCGCUCGACCAUGGCAAGCAGCAACAGCAUCCCAGCCAGCACCUUGGGCGAGAUCAGAGCUGCCCAGCGUGCGGACGGGCUAGCGGCGGUGCUGGCCAUUGGCACGGCGAACCCGCCCCACUGCGUGCCGCAGGGCGACUACCCCGACUACUACUUCCGCGUCACCCAGAGCGACCACCUCACCCACCUCAAGCCCACCUUCGCCAAACUAUGCCGGAUCUCAGGCGUCGAGAGGCGUUUCUUCUACCACACCGAGGAGCUGCUCUCCGCCCAGCCGGACAUGUCCCUGGAGGCCCGGCUCGAGAUCGUGGCCGCUGCCGCCCCGGAGCUCGCCGCGUCGGCAGCCGCCAAGGCCAUUGCCGAGUGGGGUCGUACCGCGGCCGACAUCACCCACCUCGUCGUCACCACCAACGCGGGAGCGCACGCGCCGGGCACUGACGUCCGCCUCGUCUCCCUCCUUGGUUUCCGCCAUGAUGUCUGCCGCACGGCGCUCCAGCUCAACGGCUGCGCCGCUGGGUCCGCUGCGCUGCGCCUCGCCAAGGACUUCGCCGAGAAUAACCGUGGCGCCCGCGUCCUCGUGGUCUGCGUCGAGCUCACCGUCGCUGUUUUUCGCGGGCCCGUCGAGUCGGACACCUUCGACACCCUCAUUUCCCAGGCACUGUUCGGCGACGGAGCGGGCGCGGCCAUUGUGGGGGCUGACCCCGACGCCCGGGAGCGCCCCCUGUUCAACAUGGUGGCGGCCUCGCAGGCCGUGAUACCGGACACCGAGCACGUACCCAGGAUGCAUCUCGGGAGUGGAGGCAUCGACUGGAACAUUUCGAACGGACUACCAAGGCUGGCGGCAGGCAUCAUUGAGCGUUGCUUGCUGGAUGCACUGGGCGACCAGCUUACCACCGUCGUCGGAGGUGUCGUCGACUGGAAUGAUCUCUUCUGGGCGGUGCACCCGGGCAGCGGCGGGAUGCUGGAGCGCAUCGGCAAGGCACUCCGGCUGGCCCCGGAGAAGCUGGCGGCAAGCAGAACUGUGGUCAGAGAGUACGGGAACAUGUUGGGCGCCACGGUGAUCUUCGUGCUCGAUGAGGUCAGGCGCCGAAGAAUAAAUCCUGAAGGUGCUGGAGCUGGAGCUGGCCUUAAUGAAGAGUGGGGGGUGAUGAUUGGAUUCGGACCAGGGUUCACUGUCGAGGCGAUGCUGCUGCACGCUGCCACCUAAGGUAAACCCAAGAAAAAGAACGAAAAUGCAUGGCACAUACAGAGUAGUACUAGUAUAUAUAUUCAAUAAGUGCAUGCAAUGCAACCUUUUAUAUUUCCAUAUCCAUAUGUCACUUUGAUAUUCCCAUAUCCAUAUGUCACUUUGAUAUUUCCCUCUUUCACGUAAGCGAUGUGAACAUGUGUGGUGUGAGAAUGGUAUUGUAAGUUGUGUAAGAGUGAGUUUUAAAAAAAGUUGUGUAAGAACGAUCAAUAUUAUAUGGUCAUAAAUAUAUAUGGAGUAUAUGAUA